AUGCUGUUUCUUGGAUCAAACUUCCUACUCCUUUCACUACCACUCGAGCCUUCAGUUGCUCAACCAAUCUCAGUCAAUUCAAUUAUUCAAAGGAACCUCUACCGACACGCAAAGGUCGAACUUUUGUUCCUUGGAUCAAACCCCACACCACUCGAGCCUUCAGUUGCUCAACCAAUCGCAGUCAAGUCAAUAAUUCAAAGGAAUCUCUACCGACACGCAAAGGUCGAGCUAGGCAUAUACCUUCUGUUGGACUCUGAACCAAUAGACAGCAAUGACAGUCUAUCUUCCCUAUCCUCUAGUGGACACCAAUCUUCUUCCUCAACUGAAGAUUAUUGGAACGAUUGCUCAGAAACUUCGAUCUCAUUUGAUGAAUUCAUCCCCGCUCACCUUUACACCCCUCGCCGGUUGCCCAUAGCUCAAUUGAUCAAAAACUGGUGGCGAUACCGUUAA